GUUUUAUUUUUUCUGUUUUGUCAAUAGUUAAUACUUAUCUCAAAGCUGCAGAAGCUGCAUUUGCUUACCCCACGACGGCCAUUUCGUAACCUCUUCAUAUACUCUGAAGUUUGCUCUAACCUUACAAAAAGUUCUUUACGAGCAGAAAAAUUGUAAAUAGAUUUUCAUGACUACAUAUAUAUUUUUACAAUGAGUGAACCAAAAAUGUAUUCGAAAAUUACUGAUAAAACGAAAAUGAAGCGUCGUAGAAGUAGCGCUAAUAUAGAACCUAGUCCAAAACGGGAGAGUAUGUCCGCUUUGAUAGUCGAUAAUGGAGCAUAUAAUAUUAAAAUAGGAUUUUCUAAAGAUAAAGUUGAUCUUAUACCUAACUGCAUCAUGAAAGCAAAAUCUGAGAGGAAACGAUUAUUUAUAGGUAAUCAAAUUAAUGAAUGUAGAGAUUGUUCAGGGUUGUAUUUCCUUAUGCCUUGUGAAAGAGGAUAUAUUACAAAAUGGGAUGUACAGAAACCAGUGUGGGAUCAUAUAUUUAGUAAAAAUUUAUAUCCAGUAGAAGACAAACCCGUAAUAAUGACACAACCAUUAUUUAACUUUAAAUCUAUUCAAGAUUGUACUGAUGAAAUAUUCUUUGAAGAAUAUGAAGUUCCUGCUAUGUUUAGGCUAAAUCCUAGUGAUUUAGCUACCUUGAGAUACACAGAAGAACAUAAUUUAUCAGAAAAUGCUUCUUGUAUUAUUGUUGACUCAGGGUUUAGUUUCACCCAAGUUGUCCCUUAUAUUAAUGGAAAAAAAUAUUUGAGAGGAAUCAAAAGACUGAAUGUAGGUGGAAAAUUAUUAACAAAUCACUUGAAAGAUCUGAUUUCCUAUAGACAGUAUAACGUAAUGGAAGAAACAUAUGUCAUAAAUCAAGUAAAAGAAGAUACUUGCUAUGUUGCAGAAAAUGUUAUACAAGAAUUGAAACUAGCUGCCAACAAACGAAAUAAUGAAAUUGUGAAAAAUUAUGUUUUGCCCGAUUUUAAUAAUAUUCGUAGAGGUUACAUACAAGAUCCAAAUAAUGUAAACCAGAAGGAAAUAGAGGAAAAUUGCCAGAUAUUACGUUUAAAUAACGAACGUUUUGUGGUACCUGAAAUUCUUUUUCAUCCUUCUGAUAUUGGAAUGAAAAGUAUGGGUAUUGCAGAAGCUAUUGUAAAAUCAGUUUAUUGUUGUCCAAAAAAUCAACAAGAAGAUUUAGUCAAACAUGUAGUUCUAGUUGGUGGAAAUUGUAAAUUUCCAGGUUUUAAUGAGCGAAUGUAUGCAGAACUACGAUCACAGUUGCCUCAAGAAUGGGAAAUAUCUGUGUAUUUACCAGAGAAUCCUAUAACUUACAGUUGGGAGGGAGGAGGCGCCUUAUUAAAAUUCCCCAACUUUAAAUCAUUUUUAGUAACAAAAUCUGAAUAUGAAGAGCUUGGCUCUACUAUCAUACAACAGAGAUUCAACAAUUGGAUGGUUGAUAAUUCUGAACACAAAGAAGAAACAAAAAACGUUGUUGAAAAUUUCAGUUAUUUGGAUACAAUUAAAGGGAAAUCAAUAUUCGGUAAACAAGAUGCAAGUAAUAAUGAUUUAAAUCCAGGGGACAACAAAAUUGGUAACACCACAAUAACAGAUAAACAUGAAUCUAUAAAUUCUGAUAUAUUACUUGACACUAUGGAAGGAUCUGAACAUAACCAAGAAAAUUUUAUCGGUGAAAGUGAUAGAUUAAAAAGGGGCUCACAAAAAAAUUUUGGUAACAAAGAUUCUUUGGAAGAGGAUGCCGAAGAGGAUAAGUUAUUUGAUUCACUUGAACUCUUUCCGUUCGGUACUGAUUCGUAUUUGUAAAUAAUUUAUAUUGCAUGGAAAGUACUUGGAUAAUUUGCUGGUGAAAAUUUUUAUAAAAAGUUUUUUUUAAAUA